AUGUCGUCCUUAGAGGAGAAACCUCAGCCAAAGACAAUGCCAGUUAAUGCAAUCACUCAAUACGUAGAAAAUGUCGCUACUCUAAAUUCCAAUGUCGACCAGCUCCCCAGAGGCUAUUUCAAGAGCCCCCUGUUCAUCGGCACGUAUUUAGCUUGUGGACUCAGCUUACUCUGUGGAGCUGGGACAUUUUCCUUGAUCGCGCCGCUUCUGUCCUCGAUCAAUCGGGAUAUUGGCCCAAGUCCCAAUUACGUAUGGAUCAGUCUUGCCUACCAGCUCUUAUUGGGCGUCGGAUGCACACUGGUUGGUAGGGUUACUGACUUGUUCGGCCGUCGUUGGGUCUUCGUUGGCGGCUCAUUUCUUGCUGUGAUUGGGAAUAUCAUCUGUGCAACAGCACCUGCCAUUGGGGCAUUGGUGGCAGGCAUGACUAUCGUUGGUGCAGCGACCGCGACACAGUUGUCUUUUGUCUUUGUACUGGGUGAACUCGUUCCCAUGAAGCACAGGUACCUAGCCAAUGCAGGACUCUACUUCAUGUCAAUUCCCUUUGCAGCAUUUGGGCCUGCCAUCAGCCUCAGCCUGGUGAACGACGCUGGUAGGGGCUGGAGAUGGGUCUACUACAUUCUCAUCAUUGUGAACGGCGUAACGACGGCUUUGUGGUUCUUCUUCUACCACCCUCCUACCUUCCAUAUGCUUAAUAGGAACGCACGUGCGAAGAGAAUGCUCAAAGAUUUCGAUUAUGUCGGCUUCAUCCUCUUCUCAGGUGGUCUAGCGACUAUGCUUUUGGGGCUCUCCUGGGGCGGAGGCGUAUAUCCAUGGAAAUCUGCUCAUGUUAUAGCCACCCUUGUAGUGGGAGGGGUCUCUUCUGUUGCAUUCGUCCUCUAUGAGGUGUAUGCUCACCUCGAGCAACCAUAUGUUCCGAUGCAUCUGUUCAAAAACGCCGGGUGGGUCGCAGCAACUGUCGUGGUCUGCGUUGGAGCUAUGGUCUACUAUGCCUUCAGUAUCAUUUGGCCGUUGAUGGUUGUCAAUUUAUAUGCUCCCAAGGCCUCUAUUGUGGGAUUGGUCAGCUGUGUUGUUAGUGGAAUGGUGGUUGCCGCCGCUCUUGCAGGACUCGGAACAAUUGGCCUCUUCAAGCAAACCAGAUACUAUCUUGCCAUCAAUUCGCUCAUCGGCACUGCGCUACUUGCCGCCGUGUCAGUUGCGACUCAGCACAAUGAAUCAAGUGUUUUGGGACUGUUGAUUCCUGGCAUCUUUUUCAUUGGUAUUGCAGAAGCUGUUAGUUUGACGAUGACUGGCAUCGUUGUUAAGAAUCAGGACGAAAUUGGCACUGCCGUUGGUUUGUCCGCUUCAUUGAGAUCGUUGGCUGGAACCCUCGCGGCCUCGAUCUACACUACAAUUUUGACCAACCGACUCACGGAGACGAUACCUGCCGAAGUCGCACCCGCAGCCAUAGGAGCCGGGUUCCCUGAAUCGUCUCUCCCUGAUCUAAUUGGUAUACUGAGCGGUCUUAUCAACCCUGACCAAGUUCCCGAUGUUACCCCCGAUAUUUUGGCAGUGGCGACGGAUGCCUACCGCACCGCCUUCUCCAAAUCCAUCAAAACCGUGUUUUUAGUCACUAUUGCGUUCGGAGUCUUGUCCGUUGUUGCUAGCAUGUUCUGUCCCAAUAGGGAUGAUGCACUGAACGACCUGGUGAUGAAGACUCUACACCGUCCGAAAGAAGAGAAAGGCCUGGAGAACGCCUUAAGAGUGGAGGAAGAGGCAAAUAAUUAG